GUAAAGAAAGAGGGUGAUAAUUUUCCCAAGUGAGUCCCCAGACACCCCGGAGAAACUUUCCUCCUUGCUUUAACGUGGGGCGGAAAGAAAUUUUCAUCCCCAGAGUACGUUGUGUGAAGGAUGUUUCUGACGCUUAGGUUCCGGUCGCCUAUCUUCCCCCUCUUCUGAAGAUGUCAGGCCGUCAUCCUCUUCCCUUUCUCUCGUGUAGUCCUUUUAUCCCUGGUCAUUCUUUACCUCUCCUCGUUAUCCCAGAUCCUCUUUCUGAGCCUGGGUCAUCCCCUCUACCACAGAUUCUUUUCCUACGUCUUACUCCCACCUUGUUCACCGCCCCCUUUAGCCUUAAAAUUUUUGGAUCCCCUUUCUCCCGCUCUUCCUUUUCCUUCGACUCCAGUACUUUGCUCCUCUCCCUGCCCCACAAGCCUUCUGAUGCCUCUUGUCCCCCUCCUGCAGACGCCAUUGAAUUACGUACUUCUGAAAACCAGGAUAGUCCACUCAAAAGACCAAAAUGCACUCCCAGCUGAAUUUAGAAAGAGCUAAGGACAAAGGGAUCCAGGAAGAAAUUCUCUUAGGUGAGCGAAGACGGGAGAAUGAGACAGGCUCUGCUCUUGCCAGAGGGACAGGAGCCAUGGCUCAGAAAAUGGACUGUGGUGCGGGCCUCCUCGGCUUCCAGGCUGAGGCCUCCGUAGAAGACAGCACCUUGCUUAUGCAGACCCUGAUGGAGGCCAUCCAGAUUUCGGAGGCUCCACCUACCAACCAGGCUACAGCAGCUGGGCCGAAUGCUAGUCCCCAGAAUUCACAGCCCCCAACAGCCAGUGAGAUGGCUGAUAUUCAGGUUUUAGCAGCUGCCACUAGGCCCAAAACAGCCUUUAAGGCUCAGAAUGCCCCCACAAAAGGCCCAAAUGGUGCCUAUGAUUUCUCUCAGGCUCUGAAUGCCAAGGAGAUGCCCAAUGCGCCACCUAAGGCAGCCUUUAAGUCCCAGAAUCCCACCCCAAAGGGCCCAAAUGCUGCCUAUGAUUUUUCCCAGGCAGCAACCACCAGUGAGUUAACUGCUAACAAGUCUGAGACAGCCUUUAAGGCCCAGAAUGCCACUACUAAGGUGGGCCCAAAUACCACCUACAAUUUCUCUCAGUCUCUCAGUGCCAGUGAGAUGGCCAACACUCAGCCUAAGACAGCCUUUAAGGCUUGGAAUGACGCCACUAAGACCCCAACAGUUGAUACGCAGACCCAGAAUAUUAACCAAGCCAAGAUGGCCACUAACCAGCCUGAGGUAGAGACCAACCCAGGUAUCCCUGAAUCUGAUGGUGCAGCUGCACAGACAUCAGCAGAUGGUUCCCAGGCUCAGAAUCUGGAGUCCAGGACUAUAAUUCGGGGCAAGAGGACCCGCAAGAUUAAUAACUUGAAUGUGGACGAGAACAGCAGUGGAGAUCAGAGGCGGGCCCCAUUGGCUACAGGGACGUGGAGGUCUGCACCGGUUCCAGUUACCACUCAGAACCCACCUGGCGCACCCCCCAAUGUGCUCUGGCAGACCCCAUUGGCCUGGCAGAACCCGUCAGGCUGGCAAAACCAGCCAGCCAGGCAGACCCCACCAGCACGUCAGAACCCCCCAGCUAGGCAGACCCCACCAGCCUGGCAAAACCCAGUUGCUUGGCAGAACCCAGUGAUCUGGCCAAACCCAGUGAUCUGGCAGAAUCCAGUGAUCUGGCCGAACCCCAUCGUCUGGCCUGGUCCAGUUGUCUGGCCGAACCCACUGGCUUGGCAAAAUCCACCUGGAUGGCAGACCCCACCUGGAUGGCAGAACCCACCAGGCUGGCAGGGUCCUCCAGAUUGGCAAGGCCCUCCUGACUGGCCCCUACCACCUGACUGGCCUCUACCACCUGACUGGCCAAUUCCCACUGACUGGCCGCUCCCACCUGACUGGAUCCCCACUGACUGGCCAGUUCCACCUGACUGGCAGAACCUGCGACCUUCACCAAACCUGCGCCCCUCUCCCAAUUCGCGUGCCUCACAGAACCUGGGUGCCUCACAGCCCCGAGAUGUGGCCCUUCUUCAGGAAAGAGCAAAUAAGUUGGUCAAGUACCUGAUGCUUAAAGAUUAUACCAAGGUGCCCAUCAAGCGCUCAGAAAUGCUGAGGGAUAUCAUCCGUGAAUACACUGAUGUUUAUCCAGAAAUCAUUGAACGUGCAUGCUUUGUCCUGGAGAAGAAAUUUGGGAUUCAGCUGAAGGAGAUUGACAAAGAAGAACACCUGUAUAUUCUCAUCAGUACCCCCGAAUCCCUGGCUGGCAUAUUGGGAACGACCAAAGACACACCCAAGCUGGGUCUCCUCUUAGUGAUAUUGGGCGUCAUCUUCAUGAAUGGCAACCGUGCCAGUGAAGCUGUCCUCUGGGAGGCACUACGCAAGAUGGGACUGCGUCCUGGGGUGAGACAUCCUCUUCUUGGAGAUCUGAGGAAACUUCUCACUUACGAGUUUGUAAAGCAAAAGUACCUGGAUUACAGACGAGUGCCCAACAGCAACCCUCCUGAGUAUGAGUUCCUCUGGGGCCUCCGUUCCUACCAUGAAACUAGCAAGAUGAAAGUGCUGAGAUUCAUUGCAGAGGUUCAGAAAAGAGAUCCUCGUGACUGGACUGCACAGUUCAUGGAGGCUGCAGAUGAGGCCUUGGAUGCUCUGGAUGCUGCUGCAGCUGAGGCUGAGGCCCGGGCUGAGGCGAGAACCCGCAUGGGGAUUGGAGAUGAGGCCGUAUCUGGGCCCUGGAGCUGGGAUGACAUUGAAUUUGAGCUGCUGACCUGGGAUGAAGAAGGAGAUUUUGGCGAUCCCUGGUCUAGAAUCCCAUUUACCUUCUGGGCCAGAUACCACCAGAAUGCCCGCUCCAGAUUUCCUCAGACCUUCGCUGGCCCCAUUAUUGGCCCUGGUGGUACAGCCAGUGCCAACUUCGCUGCCAACUUUGGUGCCAUUGGUUUCUUCUGGGUUGAGUAAGAUGUUGGAUAUUGCUAAUCAGUUGCAAUAGUCUUUCCCCUGAGUGAGGCUGAAGCCUCAGAUUCCUUCUAAACACAGCUAUCUAGAGAGCCACAUCCUGUUGACUGAAAGUGGCAUGCAAGAUAAAUUUAUUUGCUGUUCCUUGUCUGUUGCUUUUUUUCCCCCUUGUGUGCUGUCAAGUUUUGGUAUCAGAAAUAAACAUUGAAACUGCAAAGUGAA